ACCGAGGCGAGGCCAGUGCGGCCUGCAAGAACGGUACUUUAUCCACGAAGAAGGAAAAAUGGCCACACAUCUUGUCAGUGGACGUGUGAAUUUAGCCUUUUGGAGAGAAGUUGCCAGAAGAGAACUCUUAGAUUGUUUGGACAAAUGCAUAGGGAGUAAGGCAGUUGUCUGGGAUGAUUUUCUUACGGGACCUAUUGGGCUCAUCGCUGAAUAUUCCUUAUUAAAGGAACAUGAAGUUGACCGUAUGUUCCCCCUCCGACCUGGUCAUCUGCCUCUGAAGAGUUCGUCCAGCGGUGCAGGUGGUACUAUCCAGAAUGUCAUCUUCAUUGUGCGCCCUCGAUUGGACCUGAUGACCAUAGUUGCAGACAAUAUCCGCAAGGCGGAGGAAACCCCUGGACGCUUCCGCAAAGAGUUCCACAUUUUCUUUGUGCCAAGGAAGAGUCUUCUCUGUGAGAGAAAGUUGACGGAGCUUGGGGUUUAUGGAACACUGACUACAGUAGGAGAAUAUAAUCUGGAUCUUUUACCUUUAGAUAGUGAUAUAUUAUCUAUGGAGUCCGAUUCUGCUUUCAAGGACUGUUACCUCCAAGGUGAUCCUACUUCCAUGUUCCAUGUUGCAAAGUCAUUGAUGAAAAUACAAGCUCUCUAUGGCAUCAUCCCACAUAUAUAUGGAAAAGGAGAGUGUUCUAGGCAAGUGACAGAUAUGGUGAUGAGAAUGAGACGAGAGAUGGCAGGUACAGAAAGACUCAUUGCACCGCAGAUCGAUUGUUUGCUUCUCAUCGAUCGUAAUGUUGACCUGUUAACCCCACUCAUGACACAACUCACUUAUGAAGGGCUCAUCGAUGAAAUUUAUGGCAUCACAAAUGCAACGGUCAAACUACCACCAGAGAAAUUCGCCAAGAAAGAUGAUGAUCCGAAGCAAGGUCAACAACAACAGCAGCAGGAUCUACCAUCAGAGCCUAAGAAGGUCCAACUUAACUCUGCCGAUGAGCUCUUUUCUGUUAUCAGGGAUCGGAACUUCCAUGCUGUAGGACCAGAACUCAGCCGUAGGGCCAAGAUCCUUUCAGCUCAAUAUGAGGAACGUAAAGAUGCUAAAUCAGUGUCAGCAAUCCGACAAUUUGUCUCUAAGCUUCAUCACAUACAGGCUGCAAAGAUGUCUCUUGCCACACAUACAUCCAUUGCAGAACUGAUCAAAGAAGGAACAGAUAAAGAAAGUUUCAUGGAUUCACUACAGACACAACAAGAAUUCAUGAAUGGCAUUGACACAGAUAAGGCUAAUGGAUAUAUAGAAGACUGCAUUGCAAGGAAAGAACCAUUGGUCAAGGUUCUAAGACUUCUAUGUAUGCAGUCAGUCACAAACAAUGGAUUAAAACCAAAGAUAUUUGAUUACUACAGAAGAGAAAUAUUACAGACAUACGGGUAUGAGAACAAUCUGUCUCUGCAGCAGCUAGAGAGGGCAGGCUUGCUUCGAAUCCAGGAACAGAAAACUUAUCCUACCAUUAGAAAGACACUGAAGCUAGUCAUGGAAGAUGUGAAUGAACAGAACCCGACAGAUAUAUCCUACGUAUUCAGUGGAUAUGCCCCUCUGUCUGUAAGGCUGGCCCAGUUCUUGGCAAGACCCGGAUGGCGUAGUAUAGACGAGGUCUUGAGACUUCUCCCUGGUCCAACGAUAGAAGAGACGCAAGUACUACCCACAGGACUCCAGAAGAAAAGGCCUAUGAUAGGAGAUAGCCAAGGUGAUUCAACAAAGGUAACACUAAUCUACUUCCUUGGAGGGGUCACCUAUGCAGAGAUUGCUGCUCUUAGGUUCCUUUCACAGCAAGAAGAUGCUCCGACCGAGUUUGUGAUUGCCACCACAAAGAUCAUCAAUGGUCAUAACUGGCUUCAGAGUAUGUUGGAAGUAUCUCCGUCAUCUCAAGAUACCACCCCACAGAGAUGAGUAAGGAGAGAGUACUAGUGUAUGGUUUGCUACUAGAAUUCUAUUUUUAUUUACUGUUUAUCUCAUGUUGGCAGAAAGAUGCUUGACCUAUCUUAUAGGCACACAUUGAGUAAUGUGCAAGUGACUUAUCUUGUAUCAAGGCAAUUAUUUCAAAGUUAAACUGAGCUAUAAUUGCACUGGACGAUAUUGCAUAUAAAGACUUUCAACUAUACACAACUGUAAUAUGUAAUCCCCAUUGAAUAUCUGUCAAGCAGUUGCACAUGAUGUGGCCACUCCAUGUGUCUGUUCUUGUCUUUCACCACAGGGUUGUGAGUUUGAAUCCCAGCCAUGGUGUGUUUUCCCUUUAGCAAGAAAGUUAUCCAGAUUAUGCUGCACUCAACCCAGGUGAGGUAAAUUGUUUCCAUUCAGCGGCAGGUUAAACUAAAGGGUAUCUGGCAGGAAUUAAUUCCUCGAGUCGUUUGUGAGCCUUAAAAGGUUGCCAGGCUAUGGGCCACGGUAAUAAUAUCAAAAAUCCUUGCAAGUACCUAGAGACAUUAGAUAAUGUGACAUCUGCUAUACAGGAACAAAACAUAUCAUCAUUCCUUGGACCAUUAAGAAUUGGAUUAUUGAUGUUAGGGUUUAGUUGCUUACUGUCACUGCUUCAAGUGUAAUGUAAGCUAAUUUUGAUGACCGAGAAAGUUGGAUGGCAUUUGCUGCGGUGACAAUCGCUCCCCUAGAAAUUCCACAGACUUAUCGAAUAACCAACUACAACCCAGGAUUUAACACUAUACCCUACCUUAAACCUAACAUAAAACCCUUUUGCAACCCUAACGCUACAUCUUGGAUGAAGUACCCGGUAAAGCCUGUAGCAAUUGUCGCAGGAGCAAAUGUUGUGUCUCUGUCCGAGACAUAUAGAAACCCACAUAUUUUUAUAUUAUGGGAGAGGUGAUAUAAUGUAUCCAAUAGAUCUGUCCAUUAAGUUUCAGUGUCAUAUUAUGAUAUAUGGUCAUAUUUUGCAGUCUUAAAGUCAUAUGGGGAUCAGCUUUCAUGGGGAGUGGAUUAUUAUUUGCUGACCCCAGA